AUGGACGGUGGUCGCAGAGCCGCGAAAAAGCCAGCUCCGAAGAGCAAGCUGGUGGUCAGCCGUGCCAAGUAUUCUUCCUCUGCCGAUCCGGCCUCCCCCACACCCUCCUCCCCAUGGGGUUCUCCGCCGAUGGACCCUGUUUCCGCGGCCCCCCGCCGCAGCCCAGAUUCCUCCGCGCGCCCGCUGCAGUUGGGGGGGCGGGGAGGACAAGCGGGCACUGGCGGAGGUGGUGGUAGGCUGACCGGAGGCGGGGGAGGGAUAGGAGUGGGGCUGGGGGGAGGGGCAGGGCGGAAGGGGUGGUCAGGCCCGCAGGGCAACGCGGGGAAGGGGAGGGAUGGCGGGGGAAAGGAGGGAUUCGGGGGGUGGGAUGAUGGGAGCGCGGGGUGGGAGCCGGAUUGGGAUGACAUACCAGACGCGGAGGGGGUAUCCGGGGGGAGGGGAGAAAGGGGUAUUUCAGUGCGGGGGGUGGGGGCUGGGCGCACGGGGAUAGAGGGGCGGGGUCGCGGGGGAAGCGACGUGUCAAGAGGGGGUUUUCUGACAUAUUUCAGCAAUAGGAGGCGGAUGAUCGCGUUGGCGUGUAUGGCGCUGCUGGUGCUAGGCCUUGCUGGAGGCGUGUAUUGGCUGCUGCUGGGGCAUCAGGCCGAGGUAGAUAAGAAUAGUCUGUCACGAAUGCACGAGCCGAAGCUUGGCGAUAGGGACGGGGAGGCGGUAGGAGGAGAGGUGACGGGGGACGGCAGUGUUAGAGUGGGCGGGGAAGGGGACGGGGGGAACGAGAGCGGGGGAAGAAGGCCGGGGGAGGGAGGUGUGGAUCUGGCGGAGCCAGUCGGGGGAGAAGUGGUGGGGGGGGCGGGAAUGGGGAGAGAGGGGGAUGAGAGGGAGGGGUAUGGAAGGGAUGAGGGGAUGCGAGGAAGGGGUGAAGGAGAAGAGAGAGAGGUGGCUGGAGAGUGGGAGCAGCGAAGAGAGGUUGAUAAAGGUGCUGACCAGAAUGGGUCGAUGGUAGAGAUAAGAGAGGAAGUGAUCGCGGGAGAGGAGGCGGGAGGAAGGAUGACGGGAGGGGAGGCGAGGGUGGAAGAGAUAAGGGAAGUGGACGAAAGGAGGGGAGAGGGGGAGCCGGGUCGAGGGGGGAGGGACGGUGUUGAGGAGGAGAGGGAGGAGCGAGUGAGAGAGGGAGGGCGGGAGGAGAGCGCAGGGGAGGAGGCGAUGGGAGGGGACUUGGGCAAGGGCGAUUAUGGGGAUGACGCAGAGAGGAGCAUGGUGGAAGACGUGUUGGAUCGAGAGAGAGCAGACACAGAGAGGGAGGGUCUACCGCAUGGGGAAGAGGAGAGAGUGGAUCGAGAGGAUGUUGAGGGGGCGAGCGAGAGGGUGAAGGCGCGUGCAGAGGUGGUGAAGGGUGUGCGGGAGGGUGAGAUCAUUGAGGGUGGUGUGGGGGAGGGGGAUAUGGCAGAGGGUGAUGUGGGGGAGGACGUACCUGAGCCUGAUGACGCGCAGGCAGGAGGGAGGGUCGACGAUGGGGCGAGAGAGGGAGAUGGGGACGAGAGAGGAAGGGGGGUUGCAGGAGGAAGAGGAGGGAGAGGGGAGGGUAGAGAGGAGAGCGAGGAGCCGGAUGGGGAUGAGCGAAAUGAGGAGGGGGAGGGUGGGUAUGGGGAGGGAGAAGGGGAAGUUAGGAAGGUAAGAAGAGGGCGUGGGGGACGACGUGGGAAGGGUGAAGACGAGGGGGAGGGGGAGGGAAGAAGAAAGGACGGGUUUGCAGAAAGAAGAGGUGGGGACAUGGGAGAGAGUGCGGAGGAAAGGGAGGGUGAGAAUGAGGAGGGUGAGGAACAAGUGCGUGAGAACGAUGGCUCAGGGAUGCAAGGAGUGGAAGAAGCGGAUGAGCUUAUAAUGGGGAUGGGAGGCGGUGAGAGGCGCGUGAAAAGAAAGAAGAGAGUUGUGGAAAGGGAGAGCAGGAAAGGAGAGAGGAGAGUGGUGGAGGAGGUUGAAAAUGACAUGUACGAUGGGGAUAUAGGAGAGGGGGGAGAGGUGAAGGAGGAGGAUGGACAGGAGGAAGGAGAGAGGAGGGCUAUGGUGAACGAAGAGAGUAGGCGCAGGGGUGUGGAGGUGGAAGAGGUGGUGGAGGAUGAAGGGGAGAGGGGAGACGGGGAGGAGAGUGAGGAAGAGAGCAGAGUAGAGCACGGAGAAGGGUUUGGAGGGAGGGCUGUUGGGAGGAGAGAGCAGGGGGAAAGGGAGGAGGAGGGAGAUGCGGAGAAAGAGGAAGGUGGAAGUAAAAGAGGAGGCGAAAAGCGAGCAAGAAAGCGGGCGUUUGAAGAUGAGGGAGUGGAGGGUGAGGAGGAAGGAGGCAGUGGGAGGAGGGGGGAGAUGGAAGAGGAUGGCAAGGACUACGGAGACGAGCAGAGUGCGGUUAAGAAGAGGAAAGGAAGGAGCAGUAGUACGGGUGAAGUAGAGGGAGAGGAGGAGGACGAGGAGGUCCGUGGGAGUGGGAGGAGAGAGAAGCGAGGUGGGCGAGGCGAGGAGGUGGAGGAGCAGGAGGGAGAGGAGGAGGGGAUGGGAGAGCUGAAGUCUUUGCGUGCAGGAAAGAGGACUAGAAGUAUGAGCCGGAAGAGAGAUAUCGAAGAUGAGUUGGAGGGCGAGGGAGGGAGUGAUGGAAGGCGAGAGGAGGAGGGAGGAGAAAGGGGGAGAGAGGGCAUCGUGAGAAAGAAGAAGAGACGGGUUGGCUCGAGUAGCACUGUGGGGAAGAAGGUAAGGGCGAGAAAGGGAGGGAGAGGGGCAUCUGGGGUGGGAGAUAAGGACUUGGCGGCACUGGAGCAACAGCUCGAUGAAAUGGAUGAGAUGAUUCGAGAUGCUGGUGGCGAGGAGGAGGAGGAGGGAGAGGGAGCGGACGGUGGGAAGGAGCGGGACGAGGAUGCGAGGAGAGAUGAGGAUGGAGAGGUGGGCGGAGGGAAGGGUGCCGGUGAGGAGGGAGGUGUGCGUGUGGGUGGGCGAAGGAAGGGAAGGAAAAGACGAUCGGAUGAGGACGGAGAGGUGGAGGAAGAGGGAGGGGAGGAGGUAGGGAGAGAGGUGGAUGGGGAGGGGAGGGGAGACGGUGUGGAUACAAGCGGAAAGGGAAGGAGAGAAGGGAAAGAGAAAGUCAGGAGAGCGAGAUGGGAAGUGGACGAGGAAACGGAGAGAGAAGAAGGCAUGAAAGAGAAGGAAGGAGGUGAACAGGAUGAAAGCAUGAAGGAUGAGGAAAAUGGGGAGAGGCGAGAGAGGGAGAAAGAAGAGGGAAGAGUGAAAGAGGAUGAAAGAGAGGAGGGGGGAGGAGGGGAAGAGGAAGAGCGGGUGAAGGUGGGGAAGGUGGGGAAGGUGCGGGAAUACGAGGAAGAAGAUAAGGGGAUAGGAGGGAAGGCGGAGGAAGCAGAGGAGGAUGAAGAAGGGAGUAGUGUUGUUAAAAUGGUAAGGAAGGUUACCGACGAAGAGGAGGAGAGUGCGAAAGAAAUGGAAGGUAGUGAGGUUGAGGAGAAAGAAGCAUUGGUGAAAAGGAAAGGGAGUUCACAGGACGAGAAAUCGGACGAGGAGAGUGGGAAGGGGAGGGCUGAGCAGGAGAGGGAGACAGGGGAGGCAGCAGAAGAGGGUGGUGGUGAGGGAGAGAGGGGGCAAGGCGAGCGUGGGCGUGUUGAGCAUGGUGCGGCGAGGAAUAGGGUUGUGAGGAAGACGGAGAGAGACGAAGAGAGCGAGGGAGACGGUGAGGAAGCCCGUGAGGCAGAGAGCAAGGAAGAGAGCGGGGGAGAGAGUGGGGAAGAGAGGGAGGGAGAGAACGAGGCAGCAAGGGAUGGUGAUGGUGAGGGUGAGGGUGCCGCUGUGAGUAAGAGAUCUAUGAAGCGAGGUGGACGGAAGGGUGUGAGCAGGCGUGAGGAGAGUGAGGAAGGGAGGGGGGCAGGGCGAAGGGAUGAUGAUGAUGUUGAACUGGCGGAGGGCGAGAGUGGAGGGGUUGGAACCAAGCGAGAAGCACGGAGAGAAUCGGAUGAAGGGGGUAGGGAGGAGCAAGAAGAGACGGGAGAAAGGGAGAAUGGAGUAGCAAAGGAGGAGGAGAGGGAAGAGGGGAAGGAGGGGAAAGAGGAGGGAAAGGAGGAGGUGAAGGAGGAGGGGAAGGAGGAGGAGAAGGAGGGAGGGAAGGAGGUGGCACGGGAGGAUGAUUUGGAGCAGCUGGGCGUGCAGCGCAUGCGCGUGGAGGUGGGUGAGGAGGCGAAGAUUGUGGAGGAAGGCGAUCAGGCUGCUGUAGCGGACCCCAUCGUGGAGAUUCUGGGGGCGCGGGAGGGGCAGGUGGGAAUGGGCGAGGCGAAAGGGAGGAGGAAACGCGGAGGAGAGGAGGAUGGGGAAGAAGAGACGAAAAGUGUGGGUGAAGGUGGAAAGGGGUUGGGGAAAAGGGGUAAGGAAGAGAGAGGAGAGCAAGGGGAAGAGCUAGAAGAGAAGGGGAGUGGAGAGGGGAGUGUGAUUAAGAGGGUGAGGAGGACUAGGGGUGGAGGAGAGGAAGAGGUGGAGGAAGGUGAUGGGAAGGUGGGGGGUGAUGCGAGAGAGGAAAGGGAGAAUGGUGGGGAGAGGCGUGGCAAAGGGGAAACAGAGGAUACGGAGGAUGGAGACGAGGGGGAACCGGGCAAAGCGGGCCGAGAGAAGGCGGAUGGAAAGAGGGAGGAGCAGGAGGAUGGGGGUGACGAGGAGGACGGGCAUGACAAGGAUGGGCAGCAGGCAGGAGCGAGAGAGAAAGGGCAGGAACUGGUGGAUGAGGAGGGGGGGGAUGUGAGUAUGGUGGUGACGAAGAGCGGGAAGGGACGAGCCAGCAAGAAAGAAGAUGCGGAUUCUGAACAGGGUGGUGCAUUUGUGGAUGCUGGUACGAGGGGAAAGGUGCGGCAUGGGGAAGCAAGUGUUGUGGGGGAGGAGGAAGGCGAAGGAGACAGGGAGGUGAAGGAAGAGAAGGAGGUGAAGGGGACGGGUGGGAUGAUGGGAACGAAGAGGGAGAAGGGAAGGGUGGAGGAAGAGAGUGAGGGGGGUGAUGAUGCGAGGGGGAAGAAGUUGGAGAGGGAUACAGAGGGAGGAAUGAAGGAGGAGGAGGAAAAGGGGGAGGUGAAGGAGGAGGACGAAGGGGAGGAGGAGAAGAAGGAAGAAAAUGUGGAGGCGGGGGAGAAAGGAAAAGGGGAGGAGAAAGAGGAGGGAAAUGGGCUGGAGGAGGAGACGCAGGAGGUUGUUAAGAAGGAAGACGAGGGGAUAGGUGGGGGUAAGAAGGAUGAAGGGAAGGAGGAUGAGGAGGGGAAUGCUGAAGGGGAAAGUGAUGCUCCAGCCAAGAAAGAUGUCGGAAGAAAGAGUGGGACAGACCAAGAGUCUGGUGGUGAUGGGGCAAAUAAAGAGACGGAGGAGAAGGAAGAAAGGGGGGAGGAAGAUAGAGAGGAGGGACGGGGCAAGGUGGGUUUGGUGGGAGGAAAGGGUGGUGAGGGGGUGGACGCUGAGAAGGCUACGGACGGGAGUGGAUUGGGGAGCAGUGACAACGUGAAUGGUGGAAGGAAGGGCAUGCGGGAAGCGGUGGGUGCAACAGUCAGGGAGGUGGCGAUAGGUGCAGGAGCCACACCUGAGAAACCAGGAGAAACAGCAGAAGCAGGGACAGAGGCAGGCGCAGAAGUGGGAGGAGCAGGAGGAGAAGGAGUCGGGGCAGGUGAAGCAGGAAGUGUUUCUGUGGCUGGAGCUGCAGUGGAAGCUGAUGAAGCAGCAGCAACAGCAGCAGCAGCUGGCAGCAGCAGUGUACGCAGCAACACGAGUGUAACUGCUGGGGACUCCUCUGAUACUACUUUGCACCAAGGUGCUGAUGGUGAGGCAGGUGGUUACGAGAGAGAGAAUGCUGGUGGGGAUGCUGCUGGUGCCGCCAUUGCUGGUGCCGCCAUUGCUGGUGCUGCGAAAGAGGGUGGGAAGGGGAGUGGGGAAAGUGCGGAGAACUUUGCAGCUGAUGGGUCCGUCGCCUUGGCUGCUAAUGCAUCUGGUGAUUCUGCUUCUGGUGCUGGUGCUGAUGGUGCUGCUGUUGGGGAGAAUGGAGGAGGGGAAGAGGAGCGUGAGAAUGUGACGAAAGGCAAGAAGAAGAAGCUGAAGGAGAAGAAGGAGAAGAAGAAGAAGAAAACGAAGAGCACGACCUCUAAGGCUACAGGUGAUGAGAUGGUUGGGGGAGAGGGGUUGGAUGAAGAUGUGGCUCCUAGCGUGACAGGCAGCAGCAGCAGCAGCAGCAAGGAAGGAAGCAGCAGCAGCAGCAGCAAAGACACAGAUAUUGCAAUGCAGGAUGCAAGUGCUGCAGGUCCCAGCACCACACCAGCUGCUGUCACGGGCGCUGCUGGCUUGUUGCAGCCACAGGGCGGUGAUGGGGAGAAAGAAAAGGGAGCAGAGGGAGUGAGUGCAGGUGGAGAGGAGGCAGGCGGAGAGGGGGCAGGCGGAGACAAGGGAGAGGAGAAAUUGAGCGGUAAGCAUGGGGAUGGGAAUGGAGGAGAGGAGAGCAAAGGUGGCGAGGUAGACAUGGGCAAGGAUGCGGUGGGUAAAGCAGAUGCAGAAUUGGGUCAUGAGAGUGUGGAACGGAGGGAAGAUUUAGAAACAACAGGAGGAGGUGGGAAGACGGAGAAGCAAGAGACGGAAGAAGGGGACAAGAGCCAGGUGGGGGAUUCUUUGGCAAUGGGAAAGACAAAUAAAAAGAAGAAGAAGAAGACGAAAAGCAAGGUGAAGAAGGUAGGGAAGAGCAGUGGGAAGCAGAGAGAAGAGGAGAAUGUGAUGGGAGGAAGCAGCAAGAAUACGGAGGGCGCAACAAACGGUGAGUCAAAGGGUGAUGGCAGCAAGACUGGUGCGGGGAAUGGGGAGGAAGGACCUGGCCGUCAGGACGAGGGGCAAGGAAGAAGAGGAGGAGGAGGAGUCGGGGAGGAGGAAGGAGGAGUGGGGGGGUCAGUGGAUGGUGUUGGGAAACAGCAUGUGGCAGGUGGUGAAGGUGGUGGUGGGGAAAGCAGCGACGGAAAGGGAGAGAGUGAGUUGGUGAGAGACGGUGCGGCUGGCAACCAUGGCACACAAGCUACGGAGGGGUCCAAGAGAAAGAAGAAAACCAAGAAAAAGAAGAGCCGCAAGACCCUGGAAUUGUAG